AUGGGCUCCCUCCAUUCUCCACCCCAGCCAACAACGCCACCACCAUCUCCCGAAUUUUCCCCAUCGAGCUAUAGGGUCUAUGCCUCAUUUUGCCACAAGAAUGUUUCCAAUUGGAUAGAAUGUUACAACCCAUCAAGUAACACAUGGAGUUAUGUUAGCUCAAUUCCUGGCCUAAUUGAAAACCAUGUCUUGAAAGGUUUUGCAAUGGUUACGUUAGGUGAUUCAAUUUACAUAAUUGGUGGAUUGCAAUAUAGCAGAGCGCGACCACCUCACAAUUUCGACGAGUCCGACGAAUUCAUCGACCUCGGAGUUGAGGUGCUACGAUCGGUUCUUCGCUACAAUGUUCGUUCUAACCAAUGGUCUCAAUGUGCACCCUUAGGCGUGCCACGAUACGAUUUUGCUUGUGCUAUAUGUGAAAAUAAAAUUUAUGUGGCAGGAGGCAAGUCCAGUUUGGAUAGUAGAAGGGGGAUUUCUUGUGCCGAGGUAUAUGAUCCAACUCUUAAUGUGUGGAACCCCCUGCCUGGUAUGAGCACAUUGAGGUACAAAUGUGUAGGUGUAACAUGGCAAGGUAAAAUUCAUGUGGUAGGGGGGUUUGCCAUGAGAGGGGACUCCGAUAAAACGGUGCCAUUUAUAACCGAAAGGAGCUCUGCCGAGGUGUAUGAUCCACAAACAGGGAAGUGGGAUCUAGCGGCAGGAAUGUGGCAAUUAGAUGUUCCACCAAAUCAAAUUGUAGAAAUUGAAGGAAGACUAUUCAGCUCUGGUGAUUGCUUAAAGGCAUGGAAAGGUCACAUCGAAGCCUAUGAUGGGAAGCUCAACAUAUGGAAUGUUGUUGAUGGAUCACAUUUGCAAACUCUCAGCUCACCAAUCUCGACUUCAGAAGCCAGCGAUGAAAAUUGGCCACCAAUCCAAAGGAUAUAUCUCACGAUGGCACCAAUUGGGACUCAGUUAUUUUUCAUGGCAGGUUAUAGGAUGGCUGGGGAAUUGUCACGUAUAAUGUCAAUGGUCCUUAUUUUCGACACCACAGCAACUAGACAUGCAUGGAGGAGCUCUGAGCCCAUGGAGGAGGAAGGAGUGAAAGAACUUUGUAGUCAUUGUUGCGUGGUUAGAAUUUCUCAAGCAACCUAG